AUGUCAGCACCGCGAAACACGCCCAAUGCACCGAUCAAUGUGCCAUCUCACUCGUCCUCACCCUCGAAAUCGUCCCUCCGGCGAGUUUCCGGCGGUGCCCAACAGCGCAGCCUUCUGCCGAGUCCGCAUUUCGAUGAGCCGGUGAUCAGCGCGAGCCACGAUCGCAGCCCAGAGCGGGAAGAUGCGAUUGAAGAAGAUAGUCGGUAUGGCGCGGAGGAAGCAACACAGCAACGUGCCACGCCUUUCCAGCCGUUCUUCACGUUGAUAGAGGACACUUCUACACGAGAGCAUUUUCAUCCGACCGUGCACUAUAUUUUUGCGGACGACGAGGCGGAUAUCGUCACCGAAGCAGCAUUGCGUAGUCUGGACACGAACAGGCCUCGUGACAGCGAGGAUUCUGCAACUGCUUCCGCCGCAUCACAGCCCACAGCACAACGCCCGGCUCGUGAGGAAGAUGAAGCACGACCAUACUUCCCAGCAGCCCGGUCAGAUGUGAAAGAGCACUACAUCGUCCUCGAUGUGCAGCCUGUUGCGCAGGCUCCGGUAUCAUCACCACAGCUCGGCCCCGCCGAGGCCAGCACAUCGGCAUCCGCGUCUGCCAAUGUCUCCAACAAUUCCUCGACCAACCCGCUCUCACCACCGCCCUACGAAGUCGCCAACGCCUACAGUACUUCAGCCGAUUGGCAAGUCCUCCGCAGUAGCAUCUCACAGGCUCCCACGCUAGGCGAAAAUACUGCUGCAGAGGAAGGUUUGAUGCUGCGGAUUGAGGGGCGUGGGAAUACGCCGACUGAGUCAGCACCCGGUGCGGUGGAGAGUAUUGAGGAGAUGAUUGAGAGGUUCGAACGGGGUUUGGAAGACGUGCGGCUGGUGCUCGAAGCAGGAAGUCGGGAGACAGCAGUGGCCGAUGAACGGGACAGCUGA